CUUAUAUCACCGAAGACUUAAUUAGCAUUUUGUACAGCAUAUUGAUACGAUUUAAUUCUCACCUCUUCGUUUGGUACGGCGCUCUUUGCAGUAGCGUGAUUUAAAAUACUGAGUGAUCAUGGGUCGAGUCCGGACAAAAACAGUCAAGAAGGCCUCAAGGUUCAUCAUUGAAAGGUUUUACUCAAAACUUACCAGAGACUUUCAUACUAACAAGAAAGUGUGUCAAGAUAUUGCAUGCAUAAGCUCUAAGAGAUUAAGAAACAUGAUCGCUGGUUACGUGACACACUUGAUGAAGCGAUUUGAAGCCGGUCCUGUCCGAGGUAUCAGCAUAAAAUUGCAAGAAGAGGAAAGAGAGAGGAGAGACAACUAUCAACCUGAGGUAUCCAUAUUCGAUUCGAUUGCCCUGGAAAUUGACCCUGUGGCACAGGAAAUGUUACAGAGCAUGAAUAUUCCUCACGCAAAGAAUAUACGUGCAGUGCUACCGGUUGGAAAAUGAGUUGCUGUUUGAUUCAAUAAACUGGUUUGUGCAUAAUAUAGUCACUCUUAAAAACUGCGGAAAUCUUGAUGAGACAAACUAUCUGAAGCUGAAUUCUCAAGAGGCAUUUAAUCGUUUGGUCAGUUUGGUUACUUGUAGAUUCCAUUAUGGGUUCUUAUCCGGAGAUUUUAAUUUUAGGGAGGUACUAAAGUAGGUCAAGCAUAUUGAGCCCCUGAAUGCUUUCAACUGAUAAGCACAUUAACGCCGUGAGCUUUUGGAUCACCUUUCACAUGAAAUGUUGUCCCUCUGUAAGUAUCUGGCGUUCCUGAGACACCUUUCUCCAUUCAGCCCCACUGGUUACUGCUACCUUGACGGGCUUG